AAGUGGCUGGCCGCAUGGGUCGCUCUCAUCACACCGUCCGCGUUUGUCGAUGGUUUUUUGUUUAUUAAGAGAGGGAGAGUGAAGUGGAGAGACAUAGAGAGAGGUAGGGCUUACAAAUAUGCACUGCGUCUGACAUGUCUGACGUGAAUGCAUGUGCUCCGAUCCUCAAAGAAUAAACGAUGCUAUUAGAGGCAUAAGCGAAGUGAGACUCACGGCUGAUUAAGACACCAACCAGUUCGUGCCGUGGGAGCUCUGCGUGCUGGCAACCCCGAUACAAGGUCUAAAACGCCAGGGAACCCGGGCGGCGCCAGUAACCCUUAGGCGUGCAAAGGUUGAUGCCGGAGGGCUUGCUUGUCCGAGCCUUGGACGAUGAAGCUGGUUCUCGUGGCUGUCGCGGCUCUGCUUGCCGGCGGCGCGGCAGUGGACCCCCUGAACAUCGUCGGCCAGCUGACGGUGUCGGAGCUGACCCAAGUCAUCAACGACAUCAUGGAGGAAGUGCUGACCAGAGUGGUGACAAGAACACUCCCUUCUGUGCAGAAGCAAUCGGUGCAAAACGAUGGUGUUGCACUGCAUCCCAACUGCUCUGACAACAACGUCUACAACGGCUGCGAUCUCGUUGUGCAGUACAAGUUGUGCAACAAAGCUACUUACUACGCACGCUACUGCUGCCGCUCCUGCACCCUCGCCAACCAGAUUCCUCUGUACGGGGAGCACCUGCUCAACAAUGCUGAAGCUCCUGUAGAAGCCAAGGUGACAACAACAAGCACGAGUGUCCAGCUGGGAUCUGAAGUGACGAUUUCUUGCCACACCAGCGGUUAUCCUGAGCCGGACGUGGCCUGGUUCAAAGGGAACAACCUCAUUCGACUCUCUAAUAAAUACUCCUUAGGUGUGAGUGCGGCGCUGAACCCCCUGGUGCAGCGACCGAGGUCUGACCUCACCAUUAAGGAUUUCGAAAGGGAAGACGCCGACACCUACAUCUGCGUGGCCGUGAACCAGGCUGGAAGGAACAUCAGCAGCAUUGAUUUGAGAGCUGAAGCCCCUAUCCAAGCUCGCAUUACGUCAAGGGACCAGCUUUAUCCAGCUGGGGUGGAUGUGACCCUGCAGUGCCAGGCCAAGGGCUACCAAACACCUGGUAUCAUCUGGUACAAGAACUUCGAGGCAAUUGUAGAGUCUGAGAAAUAUUUGAGGAAAGAAAAUGGUUCGGUGGAUAGACUACUAACAACAGUGGUGGAUACACUAACAAUUAAAAACGCCGACGAAAGCGACAGCGGGAGUUACAUCUGCAACGCAACUAACGAAGCCGGAUCCGAUACCAGCCAGAUAAGGGUUAAGGUGACAGAUGUUAUAAUUCACCCCAACUGCACUGAUGUGAUCGACCACGAUGACUGUGUGAGGUACCUGAGUACAGAGUGUAGCGUCACCGAUUACAUUGCAAGGUUUUGCUGUCGGACCUGUACUCUCGUGGAACACUUGCCUGCCCAUGGACCACAUCUUCUAAAUACAGCUAAAGCGCCCUUGUCCGCUGACCUCCGACUUAGUGGUAGCGAUUCCGUUUGGAAAUUUCCUUGGGGUUCCAACAUUGAUAUAUCUUGCACCUCCGGCAGCCUUCUCAAGCCUACAGUUUUGUGGUUUAAAGAUGGCCAUGUGAUUGAAGAAUCGGAAAAAUAUCGGAUACAAGUGAGCGAAGAGAAGGUGUGGGUGAGACAUUUCGUGAAAUCUCAGCUGACAGUGAAGACGUUGAAGGUCGGGGACAACGGCCGAUACACGUGCAGGGCCGUCAUCCUGGGCACCACCGAGGAGAGACACGCAACGCUUGUGUUCGAGCAGGACGGAUUCUUCUCAUUCAGGGAGCGUAUUCAGUAGUGUGACUCCCGAAUAAGAUAUUCUGGAUAAGCUAAACAUAUCCCAUAUUUAGCUUGAAUAUCAAUAAUCGUAAGAUAAUCUGUGAAAGUGACAUCGAAAAAAAAAAAAAAAGUCCACGAUACUUUACUUUAUAAAGCAGCGCUCCUCCCCGAAGGCUUAGAUUGUUCUGCAGCUUGCUUAGCAUAUGCUGUUCACCUGACUUCCUUCACAGGUGGUGCUAUUUUUAUACAGAAUGCUAACGUCUGAUGCUUCCAUAGCUUGUCCGUGGUAUAUAGUCCCAUUUACCAAUUACGUCCAUUUGAAACUUGUAGUUUGCAUAUCUUGAAAAUGUAUUCUAGGAAAAAAAUGGUAAUAUAUUUUUUUCUUUUUACUGGAAAGGUUUUUCAUACGGUAAAUGCCAGGUAUGAAAGAUUUGAAUAUAUUCUUGAUAAUAGCCUACUACAUGGGUGGUAGUGAUUUACUUCUUCAUUUCUUGCUUAUGCUAUACAAAUAUAGACAAAUGACAGUAAUAUAUUCAAGUCUUAACCCACGUUCGGCAUCCGCAGUUUUCAUGCAGUAUUAUCUUUGUGUCUUUCGAACAUUUAUGUUAAUCACAAGUCAGGUAGUCUAUCUCUUUACUCAUAAAAAAUACAACAUUCUCAAAUAAAGGUAUUCAGUAAUGAAGGUAAUCUAUAGUCAAUGUGUAAAAAUACAGGUGAAUGACAAAGUUACCGUAAAAUGUUGCCUGAAGAAUGUGUCAAGUGGAAUGUUUCCUCGUAUAUGGAUCUUGUUGACGCGACACCUGUAACGCAUAUUUUGUAAUCUACAGUUGGAAAUAUCAGAAAUGUUCAAAUGUGUAAGGAUUUGGCUUGUGGCUGAAAGGAGGAAUUCUGCAUGACUUCUUACACUGUAUUUUUGAAAUGUAUACAUAUAUAAAUCAUUUUAAAACUA